GCCCCUUUCAAAAUGUCUACCACACGGAAAAGCAUGUGCUCUUGUUUAAUUUUAUUUAAUGUUGCUCAUUGAAUAACAGACGACUUCAAAAUGGCACUUUUCUCAGUCUCCAGAUACAUGGGAGAUGAGGCUACAGCAAUUGACAAAAACCAAAAGGAAUUGACUGCUUCAGAAAUUUUAGAGAAAAUCAAAAGUGAGGCUAAGCAACGUAAAGCUGAAAGAGAGUCUAAGAGCAAGAAAGCCAUAGAGAAUGACAAUACUACUACAAACAACAAAUUAAGCAAGGAAGUGUCGGAUGUCGAAGAUAUAAGUUCAGGAAGUCGAAAAAAGAAGAAGAAACGAAGGACUGAGAAUGAAACAACAGAGGUGGAUGAAACAUCGUCUAAGAAAAAGAAGAAAAAGAAACACAAAUCAGAUGAGAAUGGUGAAGAAAUGCAACAGAAAACAGAAAAUGCUAUGGAUGAAGAAGAGAAUCUGUUGGAUGAGUCUGCUGUUGAUUUGAAAGGAAAGGAAGAAGUUGAUGUUGGUGAUGACACUGAUGUAAUGGAUGGUGAAAAGAAGUUUCCUGUGCUAGGGAAUUUUCAACAGAAAGUUGUCCAGAAGGUAAAUCGUGUCCUGCCUGAUUGGUUGGCCAAUCCCAAUGUUAUCACGGCUGAUCUUAAGUCUACAACUCUUCCAGUGGGAAAGAUGACUGGACUUGAUCCUGAUCUUGUGGUCCAGUUACAAGAAAACAACAUUUCACAUUUUUUCCCAGUGCAGAUGCAGGUGAUUCCAAUGCUGCUGGAUACACUGAGUGUUGGAGGAAUGGUGGGGAAGGCAGGUUAUUGGCCAAGUGACAUCUGUGUGUCUGCUCCCACAGGCAGCGGCAAAACUCUGGCUUUUGUCCUCCCAAUUAUCCAGGCUCUGAAGGGGCGUGUGCACAGACAGGUGUGUGCACUGGUAGUGCUACCGGUGAAAGACCUUGCUGUACAGGUGUUCAAAGUGUUCCAGACCUAUAUUAAAGGGUCAGACCUCAAGGUAGGUCUGCUUACUGGACAGAAAGCUUUCAAACUAGAACAGCAGACAUUGGUCAGAAGGAGUCUCCGUGGUUACCAAAGCCUUGUGGAUAUUAUCAUAGCUACACCUGGCCGACUUGUUGACCACAUCAACCAGACUCCGGGGUUUGAUCUGUCAGGUCUGCGCUUCCUAGUGAUAGACGAAGCUGACAAAAUGAUGGAACUGGUGAAACAGGAUUGGCUGGUUAGGGUUGAGAAUGCUGUCUACAAAAGCACCCGACCACAGCCAGAAAUACUCACCGCUCAAAGUUGCCUGAAGCCUCGUAUACCUCUACAGAAACUGCUGUUCUCAGCGACAUUAUCACAGAACCCAGAAAAUCUUCAGCAGCUGAAUCUGUUCCUGCCCAAGCUGUUUACUUCUCUUGUGAAACCUGCCUCCUCAGUGUGUGAAGAUGCUACUGGCCAAUCAGCUGAUACGGAAGAAAAUCAAGGUGAAUUUGUUGGGAAGUACACAACUCCACAAGGACUGAGUGAGUACUUUGUGGAGUGUACGGCGGCCACCAAACCAUUGAUCAUUCUCCAUUACCUACACAACCUUAUGUUCACCAACGUUCUCUGCUUUGUCAACUCAGUAGAAUCUGCACACAGGCUGUAUCACCUGAUUCGACUGAUGGGAGGGAAGGAGGUUCGUGAGUUCUCCUCUGGUCUCCAAACAAAUAGAAGGAAGCGAAUACUCAAGGAAUUCUCCAAAGGCCAAAUUGACAUAAUCAUCUGCACCGAUGCCAUGGCUAGGGGAAUGGAUAUAGAUAAUGUAAAGUUUGUGAUAUCUUACGACCAAACUCACAACAUUAAAACGUACAUCCAUCGUGUAGGACGUACAGCUCGUGCAGGCAAAGUAGGCACAGCGAUCACCCUACUGCAGAACAAAGAGUUUUAUCACUUCAAGAAGAUGACCCGCGAGGCUGGAAAGUCUAGGAUCAAGGAACAGAAAGUUUCUGAAGAAUCUCUAGAACCCAUCGUCCCAGCCUUCAAGAAAGCUUUAGAAGAAGUACCUCAAAUCCUUAAGGCUGAAAAGAUAAAGAAAAGUUCCAACGGAUGAAAGCUUCCAUAGAAAGUAAAUGUUGGUGAAGGAGCAUAUGACUGUAUGCCAUGUUGCUAACGACUGACCUCCUCCGGCAGACAAUAACUUUGGGACAGAUAUCCCUGUAUUCCCAUGCAACUGGUCUUAUGCUCCAGAUGAACCAACACAAAUUGUCCAGUACCAGUCUGCAUGGGGCUCACUCCUCAACACUGUUGGGAUGCCAUACCAGAAAUGUGUCGGGAGAACUAUAUAUUAGUGGUGUAAGAACUAUAGAGCAGGUCUCUACAGAGCACUCCACAUAUAUGUGGAUGUAUUUAGACUCGUGCAAUAUGGCCAAGUGAAGCCUUGUGAUUCAAAUGAUCACCUCAAUGAAAAUUCACUAAUUGAACACCAUAAAUGUAUCCCAUACAAAUGGAAAUUUUCAGUAUCCACUACUAUGUUCUUUAAGAUCCUUGGAGCAGGUCUCUGAGGAAAACUGCAUGAACUUAAUACAAUCAACAAAUAAACUACAUAUGUUGAAUUAG